UGGAGGCAGAGGCUGAACCAACAGUGGUGGAGGCAGACCCAGAACCAAUAGUGAUGGAUGCAGAGCCAGAACCAACAGUGAUGGAUGCAGAGCCAGAACCAACAGUGGUGGAGGCAGAGCCAGAACCAACAGUGGUGGAGGCAGAGCCAGAACCAACAGUGGUGGAGGCAGAGCCAGAACCAACAGUGGUGGAUGCAGAGCCAGAACCAACAGUGGUGGAGGCAGAGCCAGAACCAACAGUGGUGGAGGCAGAGCCAGAACCAACAGUGGUGGAGGCAGAGCCAGAACCAACAGUGGUGGAGGCAGAGCCAGAACCAACAGUGGUGGAGGCAGAGCCAGAACCAACAGUGGUGGAGGCAGAGGCUGAACCAACAGUGGUGGAGGCAGAGCAAGAACCAACAGUGGUGGAGGCAGAGCCAGAACCAACAGUGGUGGAGGCAGAGCCAGAACCAACAGUGGUGGAGGCAGAGCCAGAACCAACAGUGGUGGAGGCAGAGCCAGAACCAACAGUGGUGGAGGCAGAGCCAGAACCAACAGUGGUGGAGGCAGACCCAGAACCAAUAGUGAUGGAUGCAGAGCCAGAACCAACAGUGGUGGAUGCAGAGCCAGAACCAACAGUGGUGGAGGCAGAGCCAGAACCAACAGUGGUGGAGGCAGUGCUACAACCAGCAGUGGUGGAGGCAGAGUCAGAACUGACAGUUUUAGAAGCAAAGCUAGAACCAAUAGUUGAGGAGGGAGAACCAGAACCAACAGGAAUGGAGACAGAGCCAGAACCAAUAGUGGUGGAGGCAGUGUUACAACCAGCAGUGGUUGAGGCAGAGUCAGAACCAAUUGUUGUGGAGGCAGAGCCUGAACCAACAGUGGUGGAGGCAGAGGCUGAACCAACAGUGGUGGAGGCAGAGGCUGAACCAACAGUGGUGGAGGCAGAGGCUGAACCAACAGUGGUGGAGGCAGAGCCUGAACCAACAGUGGUGGAGGCAGAGCCUGAACCAACAGUGGUGGAGGCAGAGGCUGAACCAACAGUGGUGGAGGCAGAGCCUGAACCAACAGUGGUGGAGGCAGAGCCUGAACCAACAGUGGUGGAGGCAGAAGCUGAACCAACAGUGGUGGAGGCAGAGCCAGAACCAACAGUGGUGGAGGCAGAGCCAGAACCAACAGUGGUGGAGGCAGAGCCUGAACCAACAGUGGUGGAGGCAGAGGCUGAACCAACAGUGGUAGAGGCAGAGACUGAACCAACAGUGGUGGAGGCAGAGCCUGAACCAACAGUGGUGGAGGCAGAGCCAGAACCAACAGUGGUGGAGGCAGAGCCAGAACCAACAGUGGUGGAGGCAGAGGCUGAACCAACAGUGGUAGAGGCAGAGUCAGAACCAACAGUGGUGGAGGCAGAGCCAGAACCAACAGUGGUGGAGGCAAAGCCAGAACCAACAGUGGUGGAGGCAGAGCCAGAACCAACAGUGGUGGAGGCAGAGGCUGAACCAACAGUGGUGGAGGCAAAGCCAGAACCAACAGUGGUGGAGGCAAAGCCAGAACCAACAGUGGUGGAGGCAGAGCCAGAACCAACAGUCGUGGAGGCAGAGGCUGAACCAACAGUGUUGGAGGCAGAGCCAGAACCAACAGUGGUGGAGGCAGAACCAGAACCAGCAGUAGUGGAGGCAGAACCAGAACCAACAGUG